UCCGGUCAGUUACUACAAAAUGGCUGCAGUGGCACCACCGUCAACGACAACCCACUGAACACUUCAUGCUGUGAGAAGAAGAAAGGAAUACAAGAAGAGAACCAUUUGAUGGAAGAAAAGAAAAAGAAAAAGCAAGAAGAGAAGAAAAAGAAGGAAGCUGCUCAAAAAAAGGCCACAGAACAGAAAACCAAAGUGCCAGAUUCUGCCAAGCUCGGCCCCACCCCUCCUCUUCCCCCCAUCAACCCCAGUGCCAUCCCGUCUGUACCCCCCAGCAGUGGCAAUGGCAAGCGCGCCCCCUCCGGAGGCCAGCCACAGACAGCACCGCAGCCCCAGCCUCAGCUCCAGCAGCGCUACCCGCCCAGAGAGGUGCCCCCACGCUUCCGCCAGCAGGAGCACAAGCAGCUGCUGAAGAGGGGCCAACCUCUGCCCCCCGGGACCCUACCUCUCACCACCACGGGACGUCCCGCCACUACUGAGCCCGCAGCAGCCACACACUCCUCUCCCUCCUGCUCCUCUUCCUCCACAGCCAGCCUGCAUACAGAACUGCCCCCACAGAGUGGCCAGGGAGCCCAGUAUGAUAAUCCCCUCUGGGGACACCCGCCAGCCAACCGGAGUGCCAGCAGUGCCACAUCUUCCACCAGUCCCAGUGGUUGGGAUCAACUGAUCAUUGACCAGAAGGACACAGAGGCUUGGCCCUCCAUUACCUACAGCCAGAGCCAGGCCCCUCCAGGAGGAUGCCUGUUGGACACUGACCCUGGUGCUCUGGCUAGCAACAGCAGCAGUAGUAGUACAAUGAGUAUGGCCACGGGGGCCAACACCCAGACAGGCCACUUCCCUGCCAACCACCCUAGCAACAAGGCCAGCACUGGGCCUAGCCCUGCCAAUCAUACUGGAGCUGGCAUGCUCUCUAACCAGGUCACAGCCAAUCGCAGCUGGGGAUCUGGGCCUGGACCCGCCCACUGCCCCCCUCAGUCCUCAGUUGGGAAUGAUGGGAAAAGUGACAGCCCAGUGGCAGGAGGAGGCAGCAGGGGCUGGGGCUCCUCCUCCUCAUCCUCCACCACCAACUUUAACUUGAACCUGAACCCUAAUGCCAACCCGUCUGCCUGGCCUGUGCUGGGGCAUGAUGGGUCUGGCACAGGGGGAGGCAGCUCAGGGGGAGCUAACCCCAACUCCCCUCCUCAACCUGCACCCAACCUCUGCAACCCACCCGGCCAGCCAUCAGCCCAGGCCAGCACCAGUACUGGAGCCAACACUAACAGCAACAGCGCCUGGGGUAGCAUAAUGGCGUCUGACCCCUCAGAGCCACACCCCUCCCCGUCCACGAAUGUGUCUUUCAGUUCAGAACCUCAGAACCUUAAAACUGACGGACCAAAUCACACUAACAAGCAGGAGCCCCUCAGUCCCAUCCGCAACUUGCCUGGCUGGGGUAAUGCACCUGUAGGCUUGGGCACCAUGGGUCAGCCCCCACCAGGGGCCCCACAGGUCAAUGGAGAAGACGGUAGGACCGUCUGGGGCAGCAAUGGAGAUUCAAAGGCAGCUUCAUCCAAUGAGGCAUCUGGCUGGGACUCAGGCUGGGGCCAUGGAGGAGGUGGAACAGGAAGCUCCGGAGGCUGGGGUGACCAGUCCAGUGGAGACUGGGGGAAGCAGCACACUGGAGAGGCUCAGGGAGGCUGGGAUGCCCCCAACUCCCCACCCCAGGACCCACCAGCUAGUCCUUGGAGCAGAGCUGUGAGCACAACUGGCGCCAGUGAGGGGAGCAGUGACAGCAUGGAUGGACGGUCCCAUCGCAGAGACCUCUCUUCAAGGGAUGAUCCAGCCCCUCUGCUGCCUGCUCCUGACCUGGACCCCCGGGUGCUGUGUAAUACUGGCUGGGGUCAGACCCCCGUCCGCCAGCACACUUCCUGGGACAUGGACGACACCAACCGUAAGAAUGAUGUAGGCACUGACUCCUGGGGCUCUGGCCCAACGACCCCCAGCGACUCCCAGGGACCCCCUAACAGUAACAUGGGCCCCUCUCAGAGGGCCGACUCUGGGAGCAAAAGUGAUGGGCCUGGUUCUCAGGGAGCCCAAGGCUGGGGUGGGAGCAUGGCUGCUACCAACCAGCCCAGCUCUGGUUGGGGAGACCCACCCAACAACAAGAAGCCCUCUGGUGGUCCUGGUGGCUGGGGAAACCCUCCACCAGGAGGUUCCUCCACCAGUAUACCCAAGAAUGGUGGUCAGUCCUGGGGAGAAGAGAAAUCAGCUGGCUGGGAUGACCCUCACAAUAAGCCGAAGCCCCAGAGCUGGGGAGAGCAACCUAAAGCCUCCCAUGGGUGGGGCAAUGGUGGAGGAAGCAGUAGUGGAGGAGACUGGGGAGAACCAGAAGAUAGCAAGAAGACCAAUUCCACCACGCCUAGCUGGGAGGGUGAGGCAGGAGGCUGGAAGGAGAGCCCCCGAGGCUGGGGAAAACCUGCUGCAGGACCUGGGAUAUCUGGAGCUGGAGGAGGUGGAGGCUGGGGAGAGCCAGUUAGCCAGCGCCCCAGUGGCCCUGCCCAAGGUUGGGGGGGCAAGUCCCAGGAUGGGCCUAAUGCCAGUAGUGGAGGAGGGGGAAUGGGCUCUUGGGGUGGCUCAGGCACGAUGAAGCAAAGUGGAGGCUGGGGUGGCAGUAAGCUGGAGUCCUCAGGAGAGGCCACUGGCUGGGAGGAGCCUUCUCCACCUUCAAUCCGGCGCAAGAUGGAAAUAGAUGAUGGAACAUCGGCUUGGGGAGACCCUGGUGCCUACAACAAGGCAGUCAACUUGUGGGACAGGAACAACCCAGGAAUGACCCAAGGUAAAGUGACCCCUGGGGGAGGCAAUAACCCCUCUGGCCCCAGCAACAGCCAUCCCCACUCUCACUCUCACUCCUACCACGGGCCACCUCCACCCCUCCAGGCCCAUGGCCACAACCCCCAGAACCCAGGCCCUACCAGCGGGUCAAUGGACCCCGCUGUGCAACACCAGUCUGGGCCACCACACAGCAGAGCUCCCCUGAUGGCUCAAGGAUGGGGAGACCUGCCCAGCUCCCAUGCAAAACCGGAGGGUUCCUGGGGGGAACCUGCACCCUCUCCAGUCAGCGUGGACAAUGGGACGUCUGCCUGGGGCAAACCUAGUGGGAGCUGUGGGGGCUGGGGAGACAACAGCCCCGAUGGCUACAGCAGGAGCAACCCAACUAUGGCAUCUGCAUCUUGCAAACCUGCCCCCAAACCUAUGCAAGACGGCUGGGGAGGUGGAGGUGACGAGCUGAGCUUGUCCGGGGGCCAGUGGGACACUGAUGAGGGAGAGAUGUGGAACAGCGCUGCGUCCCAGGAGAGCAACUCCUCCUGUAAUUCCUGGGGAAAUGCAUCCAAGAAGGGCCCACAGAAGGGGAAGGUCCCAGGAAAGCAAGAAGAUGCCUGGAUGAUGAACCGUCUCAUCAAACAGCUGACAGACAUGGGCUUCCCUAGGGAUCCAGCAGAGGAGGCUCUCAAGAGCAACAACAUGAACCUGGACCAGGCCAUGAGUGCUCUGCUGGAGAAGAAGACGGAGCUGGACAAGCGAGGGAUGGGCAUGGCCAGCCAUGAUUACAACAACGGCCUCAUCAACAAGCCUAUGAGCUGCCCCCGGCCUCCGCUCCUUUCCAAAGACCCCUCAGCAGACCCCCGCUUGCCCUUCAUGGAUAAGAUGCAGAGUGGAAUGUUUGGCAGUGGUGGAGCAGCACAAGCCCGGGCCAUGCAGCAGCCGCAGCCGCCUCCUCAGCCACCAGUGCCACCUCUCAGCUCCUCCCAGCCUAGUCUACGUGCUCAAGUGCCUCAGUUUCUCUCCCCUCAGGUUCAAGCACAGCUCUUACAGUUUGCAGCAAAAAACAUUGGUCUGAAUCCUGCACUUUUAACCUCACCAAUAAACCCUCAACAUAUGACCCUUCUGAACCAACUCUACCAGCUGCAACUGGCGUACCAGCGUUUACAAAUUCAGCAGCAGAUGUUGCAAGCGCAGCGCAAUGUUUCUGGCCCUAUUCGACAACAAGAGCAGCAAGUUGCACGUACAAUCAAUAACAUGCAGCAGCAGAUCCAACAGCACCAGCGACAGCUGGCCCAGGCCCUGCUGAUGAAGCAGCAGCAACAGCAGCCGCCCCCCUCUCACACAGGCCUGCAUCCCGGCCCAGCCAAAUCAGCCCUGGACUCCUUUCCAGGUCACCCCCAGGCUCCAGGCCUUCCUGACCUGCAGACCAAAGAGCCGCAGUCUUCUCCCAAUGCCUACAGCCCCUAUCCUCUCUCUGGACUGAAUCCAAACAUGAAUGUAAACUGCAUGGAGGUGGGAACUCUGUCCAUGAAGGAGCCUCCUCAGCCCCAGUCGCGCCUGUCACAGUGGACGCACCCCAACUCCAUGGAGAGCCUAUCUGGAAGUUCCUCUCCUCUGGAGCCCAAUCUGGGCAAGCAUGGUGCCAACCUGGGCCCCCCAGGUAAGCCCGCCCAGCUGGAGGACUCAUACAGCCCCUACAACUUGAUGUCCAGCUCAGAGUCCCCUACCAGCCCCCUGGUGCCCCCAGACAGCUGGGGCCAGGGCAAGAGCAGCAGCGACAAGAUGGCCAAUGGGACCAAUAUUAACUGGCCUCCAGAGUUCUGCCCUGGUGUGCCCUGGAAGGGCCUCCAGAACAUCGACCCCGAGACUGACCCCAAUGUGACCCCCGGCAGUGUUCCCAGCGGGCCCACCAUCAACACCAACAUCCAGGAUGUCAACCGCUACCUGCUCCGGGACAGGAGUGGAGGCUCCUCCCCCACUUCAUCUCAGAACGAGGCUCUGCCUCCCUCCACUGAUUGGCCAGUCAGUGCCUACACUAGCUCGUUCAGUCUGUCGUCCCCGGAGACGGACGAUGCAGGUAAACUGUCAGACAUGAAAUCUACCUGGUCUCCAGGGCCCAUUUCCCACAGCCAGGCGUCUUUGUCCCACGAGCUGUGGAAGGUGCCCCAGGGUCCUCGGAGCAGCACCACAGCCCCCUCCCGCCCCCCGCCUGGCCUCACCAACACCAAGCCCUCCUCAACCUGGGGGGGCAACUCCCUGGGCCUGGCACAAGGCUGGAGCAGCUCCUACUCCUCAGCAGGUACCACAUGGAGUACAGACAGCUCCACCAGGACAAGUAGCUGGCUGGUACUGAGGAACCUCACUCCUCAGAUUGAUGGUUCAACUCUGCGAACUCUGUGCAUGCAGCACGGCCCCCUCAUCACAUUCCACCUCAACCUGACGCAGGGCAAUGCUGUGGUGCGCUACAGCUCCAAGGAUGAGGCCGCCAAGGCCCAGAAGUCCCUGCACAUGUGCGUGCUGGGGAACACUACGAUCCUGGCAGAGUUUGCCGGAGAGGAGGAAGUGAACCGCUUUUUUGCACAGGGCCAGUCACUAGGGGGAACAACCAGCUGGCAGGCCACUCCGGGCACCAAUCAGACACGAAUGGGUGGGACUGGGCCCGGAGCCUCUCACCCCAUCGGUCACUCACCCCACUGGAACAACAAUAACAGCAGCGGCAGCAACAGCAGCAGUGGCCUGGGAGCAGGCGGAGCCAAGACAGGUGGAGACCUGCUAUGGGGUGGCGUGCAGCAGUAUUCCAGCCUCUGGGGACCCCCCAGCAGUGAGGAGGGACGGGUCAUGGGGAGUCCCACCCCAAUCAAUACGCUGCUGCCUGGGGACCUACUGAGUGGGGAGUCCAUGUAGGAGUGCAGAACCCAGGCUAAACAAACACAAACAGGAGCAAAAACCUAGCAAAUCAAUGUGGAGAUAAUCAGUGUGGGUGGAAAGAUGAAGGGAGAGAUGAGAGGAAGAUGAGGCUACGUCCUAGCUGCUCACCCUCCUCGACCUCUUCUACUGUUUUUUUGUUGUUUUUUUAAGUGACAUUUCAGUUGCAUUUCUUUUGUGAAUCUCGGUGAGAGGCUUUGGUCACAGUGUUCAGCUUUUACUUUUGGAAACACAGGAAGAAAAGUCUUUGACUCAACAAAGGAAAGAGAACUUUUUACAGAAAUGAACUUGAGAACUUUUCUGUGCAAAACAUAUUUUAGUCGAACUGACAUGAUGACGAGCUGCCAUCUUGAAACUUGCGUCAUCCCUCUCUGCCCUUUUGAGGCAAUCAUUCUGCACCUCAGAUAUCCAUGGAAAGGCAUCAUUCCCAAAGCAAAACCCCCCAAUCAAAAUGGUUGUAGAACUUUUCAGCCAGUCCAGAGUCAACGUUUGUUUCUCUCAGCACUAAUACUAGCCUUAACCUCUUUCCUGCCCCGCUAUCCUCACUCACUCUGUACUUGUUAAAGAGGCAUACUGACACUUGCACACCCUCAUUUCUGAGCCAGCGACACCUGCGUGGAGAGAGUACAUACUGCUGCGGCUUAUCAUAAGCAACCACAGCUCACAGUGUCAGUGCAUUUCGCAAACAGAUUUCAGUUCCCUUACGCGACCCUCAAAGGGAAUAAUGCAACUCUGUGCGCCUUGUUCAAGCCAUUUAUUUUUGUAGUGUUUUUAAUUUUUCUUCUUGAACCAUUGCAACUGAAGCUGAGAGACAAUAUUAUUCAAAUGUGUCAAUCUUAUCUGGUGUGGGGGUUGUGGUCGUCGCAUUUACGCAGCAUAGUGUGCGGGACGGCCGACAAAACUAACCACUGCUAUUAUUAUGGAACUGAAAGAAAAACACUUAAUGCACCUCAGCUCAUCUGUGGGCAACUUGCAGUCUGGUCUCAGUCCUGGACCCUUUCACUGAUUCUGUGGAAAACCUCAAGUUGUAAAUGUGUCCCACCGGUGUAUAGUUUAUACUGAAGCCCCACCGCCCCAAGCAACAUUUCAAGUGACGUGCAAUAUAAGCCACAGACUCUACCGUCCAAGCGCCCAAGCCAGACCUCUCUCAGAAGGAGAAGAGACUAUAAGGAAUGAUUCAACUGCAAGGACUCUUACAUCAAGAACACCCCCCCACCCUCCCAAAAAAAAAAAAAAAAAAAAAAAAAAAAAAAAAACUGCCACUACUACCCUCCAUCUCCCCUCAAGAGUGUGUGACUGAGGAGAGGAGAGAGACAUGAUGGUAACAGACAAUGACAAGGACACACACACCCAGCACUUCCCCAGUCAGUCUGCUCUCCACACUUAUGUCAGUGACCGGCUGGGAGGAGGGGGUGUGUGUGUGUGUGUGUGUGUGUGUUAGCGUGUGCGUGUGUGUGUGUGUGAGAGUGCUGGGGGAGGGGGCAUCAUACCAAAAUGAGAGGAAACUGUUUCCUCUUUACCUAAAAGACCAGAUGGCAUUUUUUUUUUUUUUUGCCCAAGUUUGUAUUGGUACAAAACGUAUGGAACAAAAGAUAGUAGUUUCUGAAGAGGUGGUUAAUUAUAGCACUUAGCAAAGAGCAUUGUAGCUCAUUAUACCUUCAAUGCCAACAAAUCAGAAGACAGGAGAAGCAGCACUGGCAAAAAAAAAAAACAACAAAAAACUGAAAAAGCAAAGACAAAAAAGCAAUCUGCUUGGUGGCUUCUCUGUAUGCUUAUUUUUGAACUUUACGUGGAUGUGAAGAAAAUGUCUCUCUCUUUUUUUUUUUUCCUUCUUCCCUCAAGUCGGUGGGACCAGGAGGAUCUCAAACAUGGUAGCAAAGUGAAGGGAAAAACAAGCAAAAGAAUUGACUAAACUCUGACGGCGGAUGUGGCAGGGAAGGAUCCCGAAGCACUCGCCCAUGUCCUCUUAUUAUAUCAAAGUAAAUAUCACUGUUACAUUGCAUUACUUUGAAAACUUUAGCCUUUGUGUCUGGAAAUGCUCAAUGCAUUCAUGUUGUUACGAUCCAGCAGGGAGGAUCGCCAUCUCUUUCUUCUUUCUGUCUUCUUUGUAUCGGAGGCCCUGCCAACCUGUAUGAUAGUGUGGCCACUGAGUGCCUGCCUGCUGCGGAGUGUCGGGCUCUGCAGCAGCUCUCACCCCACCCUCACCCCCUCCCGGUCUCCCUGGGGAUCCCCACAGACUGGCCCCCCCGCCCACUCCUCCCCCGGGCCUCCAGGCCAAGAGCAGCUCUUUCAGAACUGGCCCACCUGUAUUAAAACUACUACUACUACUACUGCGCCAGAGUCUGUUCUCCGCAACCUCCACUUCCACUCUCUGUUUCUCUUUCUGUGUGUCUCUCAUGCAAGAAUCACUUUAGCCAGAGGUGGAGGUGUUUGUUUGAUGUGUUUAUGUCUCGGUUUCACUUCUGGAGUUGCUGGUGUGGUUAUUAUAAUUAUUAUUAUUUUUUUUAUUUUUUUUGUCAUCAAGUUUGCUGUUAUCGUUGCUGUUAUCAUUGAUGAUGAUGCUUGUUUUCUGGUGAUGAUUUUUCGGCUUUUUGACAUUGGUCUCCAUGCAGUGUCCAGCUGCUCUCCUGCCCCUCCCGCUGCCCCCCCUCCCCCCAGGCACAGCCAGUGUGCGGUUAAGAGGUCCAGCUCAGCCACACAGCACGCUCUGGCAGGAAAGGCAAGGCCGUACUGAUACUGCAGUGGACGGUUCUCAGUGGACGGAGGGACGAUUUGUAUUCGGGGCAGGCUCAUGCAGUUAGAAUCAGAUUUGAAGAGUAAAGAGUCAGAUCAGGAGGGAAAGUCAACAGUGAACGGUCUCCUGGAUGGUGAGCCGUGCUCAUCUGCCCCUCUCGCGCCACUCGACCUCCACUACACAUCGUCGCACAUACACACAUCCUUUAGUCUUGAUGGGCCUCACUCACACUGGUGCUUUAUGUUUAACUCUGGGAGCACUCAGUUACACUUGCAGCCACCUCAACGGAUCGCAGCCUUCCAUUUCUAUGCAAAGACAAGGAGGUGCGCGAUCACAGCCAUCUAGAAAAUCACAGUUCUCCCCUCACAUCUGCCAAUCUUCCCUGCCACUGUCUCCAGAUUACAAGCACUUGGCAGCUUCCCUGGAAAAACCUCCCAGGAUAACCUGUAGGAGACCGUCUGAAAGUAUCGUUCAUGUAAUGUUAACCUUACCAAGAGAAACACUAGGUUAUGCACAGCUUCAGGAGUUGAAUCUCUCACUGUGUGGUCAGAGCUACUAAAUACACUAAAUGACCUGCUGGAAGUGUGAGUGGUUGGGAAACGGGCAGUUGUUCUUGUCUUGUGCCAACUGAAAAACAAAUAUCUACUUCCACCUUUGCCAUAUCCUGAUUUAUCUUUAGUGGAAUGAGACUUACGUUCCUUUAUUGCUGCAGUGGCGUACAAUACAAGGAGGUUAUGCAGAGGGGCAGGACAGAUAAACGGUGCUGGUCUCGUCACCAGGGGGGGACUUUUUAAAAAGUAGAGUGGAGAACCAGGUCAAAGGAGGUGGUGGUCCUAGUAUGUGUUGGGUGUGAUCGGGUACAUCUUUUUAAAAACCAAAAACAUGAUCUUUUUCUUUUAUCGUGAAGGUUUUCACAAAAACUAGAAACUACAAAAAAAAAUGUCCUAAAGUAUGUUUCAGCUGUGCACUCCAAGGCUGAGAUGCCUGUCGACUUUUUUCUCUGCAAGCCGCCGCCUUCUCACCCCCAUGCGGGCUCGUUGUCCGGGCCUCGUCUUGGGAAGCUGUAUCCAUCGUUUCUGACCUCCAACCUGAAGGGCGCGCCAGCCAACGCAACAGGUCAUUUCCUCAAAUCUGGUUUUGGGGUCAGGGUUCAAGCAGGGACCCACUGUAUCAGCAGAAACAGGGACACACCUCAAGUUUGGUACCAAGUCUUAACACCAAUAGGGGGACUCGCCCUUUUCCAGAGUCGCUUUAGACUCGUGCGUCAUUCAACAAAACAAUCACUAUUGCCUGUUUUGUUUGUGCGUUUGUUCCUGAAAAACCUGCAUUUGCUCCACACUGGACUUGAAUCAAGGAACUGGCAAUGAAGUGGGGAGUCGUACAGAGCGGGAGGGCGGAACGGGUGGGACGGCGGUCGAGUCUCAGACGUGCCCUGGAAUUCUUGGCGCAGCACCAGCACUGAGAGCCUCCCCACCUCGCCGCCACUCCGCUCCGCUCUUAUCUACCUGUCUAGUGUUGGAAAUCAGACGCUCGCCCUUUUAAAAUCACAUGGACUCAAAAGCAACUGGAGUUAGAGCAAAAUAUGCUUCUCAAUCAUGGAUCUGAUAAGGGUCUGGGGCAGGGAUCCCCUAAAGAGUUGAAAUCACAAAUCUUGUUUUUUGUUUUUUUGUUUUCAAAGGCCUGGGUUGAUUAUGCACAUGCUAGUUCAUAUACAUGUAUACAGUCAAGAGUACAUAAUGGGUGUGUAUGUGUAUAUGGCUGGAUCUCUCUCUUUCCAUUUAGCCUAAGUCCUUCUCCCUCCCUGCCCUGGCUUCAACCCUUAACCCUGUGUAUCCUCCUCAACAUUAUAUUUCCCAGAAGAAAAGAUCAUAAACAUAUCAGAGUAAUACAAAAUAAUGAAAACAAAUACUUGAAUCAAAAGAAGCGCCAAUAAUGUAAUGUGAACACUUUUUUGUAGUGAUUUUUUGUCUCAUUCAUACACUUCAGAGAUUUUUUGAUAGCGUCGGUUCGGAGUGAAUUCAAUUUGAAAUACGAGUGUUGUUGAAAACAAAGAACGAUAGAAAAGGCAAAUUGACAUCUGUUGUAUUUUGAGUGUUUGCACAAGGUUGCUUGUACUGUAUGUCGUGUGAAUGAAUGUCUCGUGCGUGAAGUGAGAACAUGUAUGUGAGGUUCAAAACAAUUGUGAGCUUGUGAUUUACAGCGGAGGAGUUUCCGCUUUGUGUUUCUUUUCAAUUCAGUAUAUUAGUUUUUUGUUGUUUAUUGUUUUUUUUUUCUUUUUGCUUGUCAAAAAUAUAUUCUGAUGUUUAUUGUUAUUAGCCUCUAGCGUUGCACUGAGUGUCGACCUCACCCCUCAUCCAGCUAAUCGAACAACAUGAUACAAGUACUGAGGGGAGACGGGGACAGUUCACGUGUAAAUGUUUACUCAAGGACUAAAAUAAGUGUGUUUUUAAUCUGUAAUAUGUUUAUCUACCUUAGUGGCUUUCAUUGUGGAAUAAUCCAAGAAUUUAUGGAUUAUAAUUGAGUAUUGCACCAUUUUUCAGAUUAUAAACCGAAAAAAAAAAUGAGAAAAGAGAAAAAAAAAAUCAUAUAUGUAAAAAAAAAAAAAAAAAAAAAAAAAAAAAAUGCAACAAAAAAGUAUUUUGCAGACCUGUGGCCAUAGAUUGGGGUAGAGGGACUUGUAGCUCUCCCAAAUCUGAGCAACGGAGAGAGUGAAGGACAAGACAUCAGACUGAGCCUUGGUUUCUCGGGCUCACUUCAGAGGUGCCUACCUUUUUGGUUUGUUAGCUUUCGUUCUGUUUCACUUCAUGUUCGGUUCUCUCAUGUUAUUUGUUUCCUGCAAGGCCACCGACAGUUUACAAACACUUUGUUUCUUUCUAGAGUUCAAAAAAAAAAAAAAAAAAAACACAACAAAAAAAAAAAGGAAUUUAACCGUGGGAAUGUUGGAAAAAACAUAAAGGACAAAUGCUUCCAGUAUAACACACUUUGCAGAAUGAAGAUUUAUUGUGCUACUUUUCAGAACUCUGGGAUCGAACAGUGUUGUCACGUUCUGUUUGACCUUUGACUUCUUUGUUCUGUGUCAAUGUUGAUUUCAUGGACUAUCUGAAGCCUGUAUGUUUAUGUUGAUUAUAUAUAUAUUUUUUUUUGUUUGUUUGUUUUUUUUCCUUUGUAAAAGAAGACAUAAUUGCUCACUAUCUUGCACACACACGAAAAAGUGGAUCUUGUCUCAGGAAGGCCAGGGUUCCAGAGUACUAACUCCACGCCAUUUUAAUGUACAUUUUUAUGAUGAGUAAAAAAAAAAAGAAAAAAAAAAGGAUGAUUU